UGCAGGCGCAGGGGCUAGAGCCGGCGCCCGAGCGACCCCGGGAGGAGUCCAUGGCUCCGCCGCUCAGCCCCGAGGACGGGCAAGCGGGUUUUCCCAUAUGAUUCAGGACAAGCCACUCCGCACCUCCUGGGAGCGAAAGAUGAAAGAGCGCCAGGAGAAGAAAAUAGUCAAGGAUUUUGCCCGGCAUCUUCAGGAGGAAAAACAGAGGGAGCGUGAGGAGAAGAAGCAGCGCCGAAAAGAGAACUUGAAACGACGCCUGGAGAAUGAGCGGAAGGCGGAGAUCGUACAAGUGAUCCGGAAUCCGCUCAAGUUGAAGCGUGCCAAGAAGAAGCAGCUGCGCCGAAUCGAGAAGCGGGAUACGCUGGCACUAUUGCAGAAACACCAGGUGCAGCGCAAAGAGGCCAAGGAGUGAGGCUGCAGCGGGGAAGGAAAGAAAGAGUCCAGAUGGUGAAUGAUGCAGUUCUAUUCAUCUUGGCUCUUGUGGGUAUCCGUGGUUACUGGUUUCUGCUGCAGUGGUGUGAAUUCAGAAAUUGUGAAAACAGCAAAGCUCCAGUGGAGUAACCCUAACCGAACUGCUGUCGCUAACAGUAACGUGAGCUGCCCCUUUACGUUUCCAAAACCAAACAAUAAAAAUGUUGAGAAUUGGGUA